UGCAAAUAUAUUGCUCCAUACAUAAAAAUAAGUAUGACAUUUAUGACCAAGAGACAACACAAAGGAUUAGGAAUCCUCUUCUUUAUAUGGGGCAUUGGAUCACUCGUCAUUGCCUUGAUAUGACCGUUCCUGAUUAAAGCAGGCGUUAAUAAUCACUUUAACAAAGGUGCAACAGUAUCCAUGAUUCAUCUGGGAGAGCCCAUGACUGAACAGGAAAGAGAAGACUACUUACACAAAGCAAAUAUUCUUGGGUUCACCGCUCUAGGGAUAGGAGGAUUCCUUUGGGUCCUUAGUGCUGCAAAUAUGAUAUCCUUGAAGAUCAAGCAAGCUGAGGACCUUAGUGAAGAUCAAGAUGAAAACCCAUAUGAGCGUGGAGCUUAAAAGAUAUUCAAGUUCAGCAUCUAUGCGUCUCCAAAUUUAGCAGAAUUUAAGUAUCAAUAUUUG